UCCGGACCACCACCACAGAUCGCACAAUAAUCUGGCAUCUACGACGAACCAGCUGAGCCGUGUGUAAACAUUACAAAUUUGUGCUCACACUUUUUGGACGGCAGAGUGCAAACAGCGAAAAUUGGUGGGCGAUAAUAUGGGACGUCUUGAGGCAAGUGGUUCGCGAUUUUGAUAACACACCCGGAUCAGUUCGGUUGUGGCGACAGUUAAAGACGGAGCGCAGCGCAUCUUUACUGUUAUUUUGUGUGUGUCCGGUCCGGGCGGCGAGAAGUAAAGAACAGAUUGGAAAAAAGGAUCCACGACUCGUUAGACUAACGGUCAGCUUCGAUCAGGAGUGGAAAUGAUGUUUCGUCCUGUGCUGCACCGGUGCGUCCCUCUCGGUCUGCAUCGGACUCCGGUGUGGCGGACACUUGCCUCGGCCAGUCGUGAAAUUCCAGCCCUGACCCGCGAUCGUUACCCCGUCCAGCGAGGAUCGUUCGCCGAGCUGAACGACAACGAUGUGGCCGUGUUCCGGAAUAUCCUCGGAGGAUCGUCAAGCCGCGUCCUGACCGAGGCCGCAGAAGUCGAGGGCUACAACAUCGACUAUCUGCGGAGUGUGCGUGGUUGUGGUCGGGUCGUUCUGAAGCCUCGCACCACCGCCGAAGUCGGGGAGCUGAUGCGUUACUGUAACGAUCGGCGGCUGGCCGUGUGUCCGCAGGGUGGUAAUACCGGGCUGGUCGGCGGCUCGGUGCCCGUGUUCGACGAAGUGGUCCUAUCGCUGCAACUGAUGGACACGAUCGAGAAGAUCGACGAGUACUCCGGUAUUGUGGUGUGCCAGGCCGGAUGUGUCCUAGCGUCGCUCGAGGAACAGGUCGGGGCCCGCGGACUGGUCAUGCCGCUCGAUCUGGGCGCCAAGGGAUCGUGCCAUAUCGGGGGCAACGUAUCGACGAACGCCGGAGGGCUCCGGCUCGUCCGGUACGGCAACCUACACGGUUCCGUGCUCGGUGUUGAAGCGGUAACGGCCGAAGGACGCGUUCUGGAUCUAAUGUCGAACUUCAAGAAAGAUAACACGGGCUACCAUCUGAAGCACUUGUUCAUCGGCUCCGAAGGAACGCUGGGCAUCAUUACGCGGCUGGCCAUCUUCUGUCCAACGGCAUCGCGCUCCGUAAACAUAGCCUUCGUCGGUUUGCGUAGCUACGACGCGGUUAGGCAGACUUUUCUGGCGGCCAAACGGGGCCUGGGUGAAAUACUAUCCUCUUGCGAAAUGAUCGAUGCUCCGUCGUUGGACAGUUGCACCAGAUUCUUUAACUUACAGUCACCGAUCGAAAAGUAUCCCUUUUACAUGCUGAUCGAAACGUCCGGUAGCGAUGCCGGACACGACGAGGAAAAGUUGACCCGCUUCCUGGAGCAGUCGAUGGAAGGUGGCCUGGUCGAGGACGGAACCGUCACGAACGAGCCAACCAAAAUGAAGCACAUCUGGAAGCUACGGGAGAUGAUUGCGGACAGUCUGCUGGCCGAUGGCUAUUGCUUCAAGUACGACAUUUCGCUUCCCCUGGAUCAGUUCUACGAUAUUGUGCUGGCAGUGCGAGAGCGGGUCGGCAAGUUGGCCAUCAACGUAACCGGAUAUGGGCACAUCGGAGAUUCAAAUCUGCACCUGAACGUGUCCUGCGAGCGCUUCACGCCCGAAAUCUAUGCAUUGCUGGAGCCAUUCAUAUACGAGUACACCUCGAAGCUCCGGGGCAGUGUAAGUGCCGAGCAUGGGAUCGGAUUCUUGAAGCGGAAGUACCUGCACUACUCGAAACAGGCGGAACCAUUGCGCCUGAUGCACCAAAUGAAGCAGCUGCUCGAUCCGAACGGUAUACUCAACCCGUACAAGGUGCUACCGCCGGACACGCCACACUAGCGGCAGUAAACGGCAACUGCAGUAAAAUUAAGCAAGCCAAAUGUGCCUAAGAACGUGAUCGUAUUAUGUUUCCUACGCAAAGGCAUUUGAUUGUUUGAUGUGCAGAAUAAUGUUUGGAAAUGUAAAGUGGAUACUACCUCAAUGAGCUGUUGAGUUAUGAUUUGAUUACUUUUUUUAACGUAUGACAUGUCAACGGCAUAACCUAAUACAUAAGAACAUUAACAAGGUGGCAGAGAUUGACUCUUAUAUGUAAAAUAAAAUGAGGUGUAA